AUGACAGCGUUUAAGUAAAAGUUUCAAUAAUUUAAUAGGUAAGUACUCGAAUCUUUAGUAAUCAGAUCGCGAUCUUGAAAAAAUGACGAGGCACGCAAGAAACUGCACAGCAGGAGCGGUUUACACUUACCACGAGAAGAAAAAGGAUGCUGCGGCAUCGGGGUACGGCACCAACAGCCAGCGCGUAGGAAAAGAUUCCUUGAGGGAUUUCGAUUGCUGCUGUUUGUCCUUGCAACCUUGCAGGAAUCCAGUCAUAACAAAAGAUGGACAUCUCUUUGACAAGGAGGCAAUACUUGAGUAUAUUUUGACCAAAAAGAAAGAGUAUACAAGAAAGUUGAAGGAGUACGAGAGACAGAAGAAGAAGCAAGAGGAACAAUCUCAAGAACAAACAGCCAACGAUGAGCUGCAAAAGUUGCAAAACUUUCUUAAAAGGGAGAAAACAAUUUGCUCCAAGAAGACUGACAAAACUGAUGAAGAGGCAAGCUCUUCGGUGUCUAACAUGAACAAUGGCCGAGACAAGCAUUUACCCAGUUUCUGGAUACCUUCGAAAACCCCAGAAGCUAAAGAACUUAUCCUUACAAAGCCAGACAAGAACAUCUACUGCCCCGUGAGUGGAAAGAUACUCAAAAUGAAAGAUCUUCUUGAGAUUAAGUUCACACAAGUCAACGAUCCAGAUGACAAGAAGUCGUUGAUUGUAAAAUCCGCCAGGUUUAUGUGUCCAAUUACUCAUGACGUAUUGAGUAACAGUACUCCGUGUGCAGUCAUCAGAACAACUGGUGACGUGGUUACCAUGGAAUGUGUUGAAAAAAUAAUUAAAAAAGAUUGGAUUAAUCCCCUGGAUGGAACAAAAAUUACUGAAGAAGACAUCAUCCCACUUCAGAGGGGUGGCACUGGGUAUUCAGCAGCUAAUGCUGACUUGCAAGGAAAGCAUGAAAGACCUGUUUUACAAGCCUAAUUUACUGCUUAUCUUGUUUAAAUGGAAGUAUGUUUAUCAAUCAUUACUAGCAUAUUAAUUAUGUAUUAUUUAAAUUUAUAAUCAAUUAAAAAUCAUGUUGAUUGGCGACAAAAAAAAUUGCUUGAUAGAUAAUUUUACAGAUUUAUUUUACAAUUUAACAGUAACGUUAACAAGCAAAUACUUGAUAAACUUCGAAUUACAGACUGUAAACGAUAAUUUCGCAAUAACGUUCAAUAAAUUAAUUGUAAAAAUAUGUAAAUAUUUCUAGUUGUAGGUAAAUAAAUUUGUGGAAAUAA